AUGAGGUUCACAGACAUCUUAUCAAGCCUGGCAGACCUGGGAUGGACAGAUAUUGUGCAGCAGCAUAUUGAUACUGGAGACCACCCUCCUAUUAAGCAAGCACUGAGAAGGGUAGCAAUGCACCAGCACGGGACAGUACGCCAACACAUAGACAUGUUGCAGCACAGGGUAGUACAACCCUCCACUAGUCUGUGGGCCACACUGAUUGUCCUGGGUAAGAAAAAAGACGGUACCACACACUUCUGCGUGGACUAUCAAGAGCUGAGCGACAUGACCAGGAAAGACACCUACCCCCUUCCACAUAUAGAUGAGACUGCAUGCGUUGGCGGGUGCGAAAGCGUUCAUAACCCUGGAUUUGGCCAAUGGUUGUUGGCAGGUCGAGGUGACCGAUGUCAGAAGUUUCCUGCCUUAGUGACCUAUUACCACACAUUUAUCCAGAAAUUUACAGAGAUUGCUGCACCGCUGCACAUCCUUACUGCUAAGACAACAGAGAAGUUUAAGUGGAGCCCAGAUUGCAACCUCACCGUCCGAGUUCUGAAAGAAAAGUUGGUAUCAGCUCCUGUGUUGGCCUUCCCUUGCUUUGAUCGAGAAUUCAUAGUGGAUUGUGAUGCCAGUGACAAUGGUCUGGGAGCAGUCAUGUUACAGCGGCAACACGGAAAUGAGAAAGUGAUUGCAAAUGCCAGCCAAGUGCUCGAGGACUGUGAGUGUCGGUACAGCACCACCAAGGAGAUGUCGGCCAUGGUGUACGCUAUCAAGCGUUUCCGCCAUUACCUGUAUGGAUAA